AGAACAGCCAUAGCAAGAGGGGAAAUUCUCUAAUAGAAACGACGGAUAAUGGAAAAUACAUCGGGUGGCAGAUAAGAAGGCCAUUGGGACCAAUACUGCAUCAGAAGUGAAUAAAAAGAAGGGACUUGAACAAAAAAUGAAUAUGAAUUGGGUAAUAGUGUUUUCUUAGCAGAAACACUCAAUCAUAUACGGUGAUGAAUGGCUUUGAAGCUAGAAAACUAAUUUUCGUUUCGGUUAAAAUAUACUCAGGAGCGUGGGUUAACAUAUUUAGGAGAUACUGACAAUGAUGAGGACAUCGAUCUAGCCACUAAAGAAGACAAAUUUAUCAGAAAAAUGUCAGUCCUUUCUGCACAUACAAAAUGUAGAAAAUGUUAUGUGAGUAUAUAAAACUUGGAUUAAAUGUAUAACAGUAGGAAAAUGUCGGACAAAAUGAACCAUUUGUCUCCCUGGGACCUGAGUGGUGUUGGUAUGGGUUUCGGACUGUACCGGCCUAGAAGGCCGAGUUAUACAUUUGCUACGCAAGCGCAGCGGCAACGUAGUGAAAGUUAUAGGUAUGCAGUUAGAAAAAGCACAUCCGACACUGACGAGCCCGCAGACUUUAUUGAAGGAAUAAUUCAAAGAAAGAAUCGUAAAGAGAGUUAUGUUCGUGCUACACGUGGAGAACAUACUGAUGUUGAAAUGAGUGACGUUCGGGAAGCCAUGAGAGCCCUUGAUGAAGAGCUUGCUGAAACGUCUGAACCAGUCGGAGCAGUUGCAAGAUCACCUGCAAGACCCCAGCCACCUUCAAGUCCAGUUAUUUUGAUAAAUGAUCAGUUUUUUUCGAACAGUAACAAUUAUAACCAUGCAAAUCAUAACGAACAUUACGACAAACUGAAUGGAACACAAAGGCAAGACCAGAAAAGCCUGCCAAGUGCAUUAUCGGAGAAUCAUAUACAGGAGUUAAAAAAGGUUGUUUCCCUGAAACGAUACUCACCAAACCACGAGCCCAAACUUAGCCCGGUACCAAACAGACAAAGGAAGUCAGGACUGUCUUUACCGGUGAAUGAUAGACAUGAAGAAUAUAACGAAGAUUCCGUAUUUACAUCAGAUUUUGCAGAGGGCGGGCAAGAUGUUACAACUCCAACGUCCAUUGACAGUACCCCGUUUAAAGGAUUUAAAAAGAUUCGUUUUAAGAAAAAUUUGGUGUUGCUAUGUGUAAGUUUUAUUCUGGUUUUCAAUGCAUUUCGAGCUAUACAAAAUCUUCAAUCUUCCAUUAACUCAGAUGGAUAUCUUGGAAUCAUAUCUAUGGCAUGUGUACACGGAACAAUGUGUGUAACUUGCCUGUGGGCCCCGGUUGUAAUCAACAAAUUUACCGCGAAAUGGACCCUUGUUUUUGGAAUGUCUACAUAUAUUCUGUGGAUCGCUUCAAACUUCUUUCCUAGAUUUUAUACCCUCAUUCCAUUUGGAAUUUUAGCAGGUAUCGGAAAAGGAAUUUUGUGGACUGCCGAAUCGUCAUAUAUAUUGAAGCUGUCUUUCGAUUAUUCUCGUGUUACUAAAGAAGGUUUAGACAAAGAAAUGUUUAGAUUUCAUGGUAUAUUUCUUGCGUGCUUCCAAACUACACAUAUAUUUGGCAAUCUCAUAUCAUCAUUAGUAUUACAUAGUGCAAAGACAUCUUUGGAAAAGGAACAACCUACAGAUUAUUCUUACGAAAUGAGUAUGAAUUUUACCUACGUCGAUGGAGAUAUGGCUGGAGGUGGAGAAAUGAUGGCUGGUGGAUCAUGCGGUGUUCUGUAUCCAUGCCAACAAUCGUCUAGUUCUUCCGAUAUAACCAAAGAUGUACCAAGCACACUUUGGAAACUUAUGAGUGCCUAUAUUAUACUUGGGUUCAUCGCAUUUUUCCUGACAAUUCUCUGUCUGGACAAAAUUGGUGCCAAAUUCGAUCCGGACAAAACUGGAUAUGAGAUUGUUGUUGAACAUUUCCAGUUGAUGUUGACUCAUAAAACCUUCCGUCUUCUUAUACCUUUACUUAUAUUCAGUGGUUUGCAACAAGCGUUUGUUUUCUCGGAUUUCACCCAGGCAUACAUUACCUGCACAAUAGGUGAAGAAUAUAUUGGUUACUGCAUGAUAAUUCUGGGUUUAGCCAAUAUCGUCAGCGCCGUUCUGGUGGCAGUUUGUGCCAAUGUGAUAGCACGUGAGGUUGUAUUUGGGAUAGGGGGAAUAAUUCAUAUGGGUUUAAUGAUAGGUCUUCUCAUAUGGAUUCCAGACACACGCUUAAUAAUAUUCUUUGUGAUGGCUGCGUCUUGGGGAGUCUGUGAUGCAGUUUGGCAGACGCAAUGCAAUACACUUAUUUGUAUUACCUGCGCAGAGAAUGCAGAAGUGGCGUUUGCAAAUUACAGACUUCUACAAAGUUUUGGAUUGACAGUUGGAUUUCUCAGUGGCACCUUUCUAUGUGUAUCUUUUAAGUUAUAUAUUUUGAUGAUUUUACUGGUCGUUGCAAUAAUGUUCUAUGUGUUGGCAGAAUACAAAGUGAGACAGGUUGACAGUGAUGUUUUUGAGGGUUCCAUUGAAGUGAAUUGAUUGUUUCAUUAUAAAACUUAAAGUAUUACUUAUAUAAUGUGACAGUGGUAUUUAUUUAGAUCAGUGUGUUUAGAUCAAUGACAAAACUGAAAGAAAUAAACUAAUCGUCGAUGUGAGUAGUAUAAUUUGGAUUAUCAUUACAGACGUCCAAUAAUGUGUGGAUAGUAGUUACAAAAGCAUUAGGUACCGUAUGUUAUACGAGUCCAGACGAGAUUUUUACAGAAAACAAAUUUGAGAUUAGCUGCAUUUGGCGCCAGCUUUACAAAACAAACACUGCUAAAAUGUGAUUGAAUCCAUACAUGAUACAAAAAGCGGGGAUACUGGAAGCGAUACAGUAACAAAAUAUGCAACGUAUAUUCAUGACACAGCCAGAGUGAUAUAGGAGAUGACGGAUUCAUUCAACAUAAUCUAGCACUUCAGUUACCAUUAAGCCUAUGGAUUGUCAUCUUUCUGUUAGUCUGCUACACAAUCAGCACUGCAAUCAUUUGCAUUUUUAUAUUCUUAAUAUAUCUAUUGUGGUCGGACAAGUACUAGAAGUGAUCUGCUAUUUGUAUAUUUCCCUGCAGAAAACAGCAUUUUUCAUAAUUGUAUGAUUGGCGUUAUACGCUACAGAGACAAGAUUUUUACGUCCUUGAUAAUUUUAUAUGCAUUCAUCUAUUUAUUAUAAUGACGUUUUCUUUUAUUCAAGAACCCUAACCUUACCUGUCAUAAAUGAAUAAAAUCAGAUACUGCAAACACGCACCAGUACCUACCAUGGUCAACACCAUUACAAAAUGGUAACUGAAACUGCGCAUUUGCCUUUAACCCUUACCCUGCUAAGUUUCUAUAAUGGACUGGUCCAUCUUUCACUUUGGACAGUACCAUUAACUGCUAAAAGGGGUGCUUACCAAAAAUAUACUGACUGAAUAGCGAACAACGGAUGUGCAGGCUGAUCUUGGACUGCACUGGUCGCAAAGGCAGAAUCACUUGCCGCCAGCAGGCUAAGGGUUAAUAAUGUUUAUUUUAUUCUUUAGCUAAGGCAAGAACAUACACGGUUAUAAAUAGAAAUAAUGUAUUGAAUAUUUACUACAGUGACUAACCUCUCUCUUGAACAGGUGAAAUUUGUCAUCAAAGGGGAUUAAGUUGUUGCCGAAUACUGUUUAUAAUAAUUAUUAUUAUUAAUGUUUUUAUUUUCACUAAUAAUUGCAAAUAAUGUCACUCCAGAAUUCAAAAUAUUCAUCUACAGUAUUUCAUAAUACACAUUCACGUUGCGCAAUUCUUAACACUGCGAACAAGGCUGCUAACCAUGAAAUCGCUAAAUAGUAAUACUUUUGGAGUAUUUCAAAUGGUUGCAUAAAGUUAGUAGUGUCCUUGAAAUUAUAGAUAUUAUUGUAGAAGUCAAGUAAAACUUUGAUAUUCAUUUGUGCAGAAACAUGUGUAGUAUAACAAUUUGGAAUAUAUACAGUUAUUGCAAAAGUGUUUUUGCACCGCUCAGUAACAUUUUGAUUUUUUUAUUUAAAUUACAGUAAAAUAUGAAAGUGUCUAGUAUCGUUUUACUAACAUAAUAACAAUUAGAAACAUACUAAAUGGAGCAAGUUGUAUUGAAGUUUAGAAGCUAUUAAUACCGUUAUAUUUAUUUCAUAUAAGUCCCUUGUGCCAUAACUUUUAUUUUCUGCAUAUGUUUAAGUGUUAGGUCAUGUAAUUAUACAAGAAUAACUAAAGGCGAAAUACGUUUAUUUCAUUGCAAGCAAUGAAAAAGAAAAGAGAAAUACACGAUUUUUGUCCGCGAGAACUGAAAUUUUUAUUAAUAUUGUCACAUAAGGGGUGAUUAAUUUUGAGAAAAGAAACCAAAAAUUAAAAAAAAAAAAAAAAUAUUUUUAAGACUAACACUCUUGAUAUUCGGUGAAAGGUUAGCUAUAUUUUGAAAAUUAUCUUAUUAUUAAUACGUGUGUAAAAUUGUACAUAUCUUCUCAUUUGAAAACAUUCCUUAAAGGAGACAAAGCGUUUUGAAAUGUCUACUUGUAAUAAAUUUAUACUCACUUUGAACUUAUUUGCGAAUUCUUUUGAAGAAGUCUAGAAAAUAAUUCAAGUUUGUGACAUUACUCAAAAUUAAAAGCGUACUUCUUUAAAUGUCGAUUGAUCAAUUUUUUUUUUAAGAACGGAAGCAGAUUGCAAUAACAAGAAAACUUUAGAGUUUCUCUCACACAAAAAUAUCAGAAAUUUAUUUUGAUGUGUAAAAUAUACAUAGAGAUACAUAGAGAUAAUAAAAAUAAAAUGGGUCUUAUAUUUUUGAAGAUACACAAUAGCAUACAUUUGGUCAUACUUAAUUUACAUACAUUAUGUAUAACUAAUGCGGAGUUUGACGUUUUAUUUCCACCCUUCAAAAGGGAAAACCAGAAUAAACAGUAUUAUGUGUCAGACGCGUACGAAAUACUGAAAAGCUGUAAGCAGUUUAGGUUUCUGUUGACAGGUCUAGUAAGAUAAUUAACUCGAAACAUAAAUGAUGCAUUUUGUCUUUAGUUAUCAAUAUAUUAAUGAAAUGUAAUUAUAAAACAGUACUGUGCUGAUAGAGUAUUUUACCUUGAAGAAAGUAUUGACCACUUCAUCAUACUUUGAAAAAUAUCAAACUUAACUCCAACAACAGUGUCCAAGUUGCAUACAAGUACUUAUUUAAACUUUGACCCACAUCAUAGCAAAAUGUUUUUACGCAUAAAAAAUUCUAACAGUAACGCUGAUUUGUGGAAUUGACGUCGAAUGUUUGGUUUACGUAACACCGCAUUACAGUCUUUGAAACGUCCUACAGAAGGUAUAGAUCCGAAACAAUGUGCAUGGUGCGAAGAAUGAAUACCAAGAGAGGGUUUAAAAUCCGAAAAUCCAACACAGCUGGAGAAAUUGCAGUUUCCGCAAAUAUUUAAACAAACAUUCCUAUUUAGAUAAAACAGGAUUGACACAGGCAUUUUUUUAUCUUAUAAAAUAGUUUAUUGAUGACAUAAACAGCAAGUAGGCACAAAAGCCACUUUUCACUUUACCAGGUCAAGCAGUUAUUCAUGUGGCGAAAGUUUUAUAUUCUCGCAGGUUGUACAUAAAUUACUUGGCGAAAUGUCAGAUUUUGCCAUUAAGAUAUUCGUACUCGGCGCUGUUAUGCACCUGACGUAAGGCGUCACUACUGCAAUUAGUUGAUACCUGUUGAACAUGGUAAAAUCGAAUUUUGCACAUAUACAGUAUAAAUCUAGUUGUUACUUUUACUAUUAAAAAUAUACCGCAGUUUUUAAACAUUUGGAAAUAAAUAAAAAUCUACGUUUUAGCUACGUCUUGCUGUGGUUUGGUUCAUAUACGCUGUACACGUAAUAAUAACACUUAUAGAGCUGUGUUAAAACUGUCUUUUGUAUAAUAUGUUAUAUGUCAACUUACAUUGCAUAAUUACACUUACUUCUAACACGGAACGUUUCUCAUACACAAUCAGUAAAACAAAUAUUUCUUUU